UUCCACACAAUAUACUUAGGUAUCCGCAGUCGACAGAGUGGAGAGAACGACAGAUGGCGGUUUUAUUGGAAAAUGGUAUAUGAGUAUGCAGAUGUGAGUAUGCUGCACUUGCUAGCCACGUUUCUGGAAAGUGCACCACAGCUGGUUCUGCAGCUCUGUAUUGUUGUACAGACUCGUACUCUACAGGCUCUCCAAGGUCUUACAGCUGCAGCAUCUCUUGUGUCCCUGGCUUGGGCUUUGGCUUCCUACCAGAAAGCCCUCCGUGACUCCCGCGAUGACAAGAAACCCAUCAGUUAUAUGGCUGUUAUAAUCCAGUUUUGCUGGCAUUUCUUCACAAUUGCAGCCAGGGUCAUUACUUUUGCUCUCUUUGCCUCAGUUUUCCAGCUGUACUUUGGGAUCUUCAUAGUCCUCCACUGGUGUAUCAUGACCUUCUGGAUCGUCCAUUGUGAAACAGAGUUCUGCAUCACUAAAUGGGAAGAGAUAGUGUUUGAUAUGGUUGUUGGGAUUAUCUAUAUCUUUAGCUGGUUCAAUGUCAAGGAAGGAAGGACACGUUGUAGGCUCUUCAUUUACUAUUUUGUGAUCCUUUUGGAAAACACAGCCUUGAGUGCUCUCUGGUAUCUGUACAAGGCCCCACUGAUCUCUGAUGCUUUCGCCAUACCAGCACUGUGUGUGGUGUUCAGCAGCUUUUUAACAGGCAUUGUUUUUAUGCUGAUGUACUAUGCCUUCUUUCAUCCCAAUGGACCAAGAUUCGGGCAGUCGCCAAGCUGUGCUUGUGAGGACCCUGUCGCUGCCUUCACUAUGCCCCCAGAAGUGGCAACAAACACUCUAAGGUCUAUCUCUAACAAUCGGAGUGUCACAAGUGAUCGGGAUCAGAAAUUGGCAGAGAGGGAUGGGUGCGUGCCUGUCUUCCAAGUAAGGCCCACUGCACCUUCAACACCUUCAUCCCGGCCGCCAAGGAUUGAAGAGUCAGUCAUUAAAAUUGAUCUGUUCAGGAACAGAUACCCAGCCUGGGAGAGACACGUGUUGGACAGAAGCCUGAGGAAGGCUAUCUUAGCUUUUGAAUGUUCCCCCGCUCCUCCACGGCUACAGUAUAAAGACGAUGCCCUUAUUCAGGAGCGCUUGGAAUAUGAAACUACUUUAUAAAAAAUAUUAAAGACUUGAAGAAGCUACAAAGUUACAGUCCAAAUUAAGGGUUGACAGUAGGGCUGUGGCAAUAACUAAACUGCAUACUACAAUAGAGCAGCAAGCGGUAGUUUUCAUAGUCUGGCUAUCAUCAUGAUUAUCAUUUGAUCCUCCGUAUGCAGUCUAUCUGCAGUUCACUUAUAAAACAGCAUCACCUGAGAGCCUCAAAAAAUCUAUUACAUCAACUGGGAAAUAGACCCAGCUCAUGACUCCUUGCUGCUAUGAAACUCUGCUACACAAUACUUAUGAUCAACAGGAAGAUUCUGAUGAGAGCUUUCAACUUUAACCAGUAGUGCAUUUUACUUUAGAAAUGAAUGAUUGAUAUUUGCUUAUUUAAUGACAAAAAAAAAUGUCAAAAUAGCUUAGCUGUACCAGGCAAUGUUGCUGUUAUAAAAACUCUGGUUUCUGCAAAAAUGAAAGGAGUAUAAUCCUUAAGUCUCCAGCAGAUACGCCAUUCAGUUUAGAAUAGAUUUGCAAAAUAGUUCUGAAUCAAAAAAGUACAUGUGUCAUGUUUGCAAGCCUAUCAAAGGAGAGUAAACUAGAGUCUGAUUAAUCAGGUAAUAAGCAUUAGUACCAACAGAACUGCUAGUUGUCUAUAGAAUUCAAGAUUCAUUUUAAUUAAAAUUUCAGUUACUUUUGACAGAAAUCCUAUGCAGCUCACCUCUGGCUUUCAGCAGGAACAAGGAGCUCUAGCCUUUAGUGAUGUAAAUUAAAUGAUAAUCAUGAUUCAGUGUUCAAUUUGCAAAAACUUGAACAAGGAAAAGCAAGAACACGGAAAGUGUAGGUUUCAUACUCUGAACUUUUGAGGACCAUGUUCAGAUUCUGAGAGGAAAGCAUCAGGAUAUGAACACAUUGUAACUUAAAUCUGUUUCAGGACUCAGAAUGCAUGGCUCUGUGUGUGAAUGUAUGCAGGUGUGAUAAGAGACGCAACAUGCCAUAUCCUUCUAGUGCCAAACACUGUAUAACUACAAGAUUGAUAUUGUUGCCUGAGGGACAGAAAAUGAAUGGCAUGAGGCCUACAAGAGCAGGAAGCAGGAAAGAACAAUCAAGUUCUCCACAUGUACAGACAGCUCUGUUUUUUUCCCCCACCCCAGGUGAAAGUGAUGUCUUUUAGAGGCUUUCAGCCACCUGUUAGUAAGUAUAUACAGUCAAGUACAAUUAAACCAAGCUAUGUGGAAAACCCUCUUGAAACUAUUCAAGACUUGGUUCCAUAUCUAUCUAAAAAUGAUGUUGACUCACUUGUAAAAUGAGUGUUUUUGCUGCAAGCUUCUGGGUUUUAAAUACUAUACCUCCCUAGGGUAUGAUCAAGUCAAUGGUAUCCUUCUUUAUGUUAAAAGUAUCCCCUGAUGGUGCUUUCAGUUGCAUUAAAGGUGCAAGUCAAAAUUUGAUAGUAUUUUUUUUAAAGCUGGUGCAGAGUGAAUAACUCAUGGAUUAUUUCAAUAUUUUUGUAAAGUAAAAAUAUGGUAUAUAACGGUGUUACUUUUUAUAAACCGCAAAUCUUUUAAUACAUCUCAUUCUCUUUAAUAAGACAGAAUUUAAGAACUGGUCCACAAAUUAUAUCAACUGGCCUCCACAGGUUGAUGUAAACAUGUUUUUCACACGUUAUGGAUUUAUUUUGCAGUGUAAUGCCAUAUGAAAGCCUACAUGGGUACUUUUAGAAUAUUCCAUAAAAAGUGAAUCCUGUUUCACGUAUAGGUGGGUUGUGAAGACGCCAAAGGGUUUCCAUGAGAAACGACUCGCUAUAACUAUGUCUAUCCAUUUUAGGAAAGUGGAGCACAACUGGAGGUUUGCUGUUUUAAGCAGCAUUGUCAGGGUGGAGAAGAGCUGUGAUUUUGAUAUUUUAACCACUGUCAGGUAUAUUAAGUGCAGUCACUGCUGUAUAUGUUCCUGGAUAAGUUCAGUCUUUCCUGUUAUAAUAUUUGUAAUAUGAAAUAACAGAAGUUACAUAGCA